AUAAUGGGGUUUUCAGCUGAUGAAGUGGCUUUAUUUAUAGCUGUUGUUGGCCUUUUGUCUGUUAUAGCUCAGACUGCAUUUCUAGCAAUGCUGAUGAAAACAAUUGGAGCUAAACACACCAUAAUGGUCGGACUUUUAUUUGAAAUGCUUCAACUGAUGUGGUAUGGCUUUGGUUCCAGAACAUGGAUGAUGUGGGCUGCUGGAGUUUUGGCUUCAGUUUCUAGUAUAACAUAUCCUGCCAUAAGUUCAUUUGUUUCAACUCAUGCUGAUGCUGAUAAGCAAGGGUUGGUUCAAGGAAUUAUCACUGGUAUGAGGGGAUUGUGCAAUGGACUUGGACCUGCAGUAUAUGGUUUCAUCUUUUAUCUGUUUCAUGUAGAUUUAAGUGAAGACAUUACUGAAACUAUUCCAGCCAAUGUCCAUGGCAUCAUUCAUGCUGCGAAUGGAACUAUUUUAAUUGCUGAAGAGCCAAGGCUCAUACCUGGGCCUCCAUUUGUAUUUGGCGCUUUGUUAGUUAUUAUGGCUAUAAUGGUAGCAGCAUUCAUCCCUGACAAUCAGAGUUCAGCCGUUGUUAGCUGGCCUCCAUCUCAUCAUUCUGAUUCUUCUCCUAGUCCCACACUCCAAACAGGUAAAGCCUCAGGUGAUGCCUUUCAUUUUGAAGUGAUUCACAAGAGAGCUGAUGGAUCACAGCCCUUAAUGCAGGACACUGAACCAUUAUAGCAAUCACUGCAACGCCCUUGGCGGCAUGCUGUUAUUAAAAAUAACUGUGAACUCAUGGAAGAAACUGCUGUAUAAAACUUCAGGAAGUGGUGAAUUAUUGGAAACUACUUUGGUGUAUUAUGCUGCUGUUUCAUCUGUAGAAUUUGAAAGUUUAAAACUUGCACUACAGUUGUGCCUCAGCUAAGUUGUAUAUUUCCAGAGAUAUGAGUAUUUUCCAAGUAGUCAAAUGAAGUAUAAAUGCAUUCUCAACAUGACAUAGAAAACAUUCCUGUGAUUUUAUUUUUUUGUUGGUUUUAUAAUCAUAAGUGUUGUUACGGCAAUUUUCCUUUUUCUGAUGUCUAUGUAAAUGAGAAAUAUAUUUGUAGAUUUAUCUUAAACUUGAGAAUACUCAUUAACAGUAAUAAUUUAUGUAAAAUGUAAAUCAGGACUAGAUUAAUAUAUAUAUAUGGUGCUUCCAAAUUAGUUUUUUAAAUAAAAUUCAUGAACAAUUUUAUUAUAGUAAGUAUAUAAAAGUGAGAAUCAAUAGCUACUUUAAAAAAUUAUCUCAUAUAUUGUACAAAGCCAAUCCUGUUAUUAAAAAAGCACUUAAAAGGUUGUGUUUGUAAUUUAAUCUGUUUUGCACUUGUACAUUAAUAAAUUUGCCUCAGGCUACUGAGUUGUUUUACAUAAUGUGCUUAUUCUAUGUGAAAUGACUGAUAAACUUUCUAAAUAAUUUUUUCUUAGGUUCUGAUAUAAUGAAAGAUAAGAUUCCAUUAUAUUGUUUUAAUUACAUCAUAAUAUAAAGUGAUCAGUUUUUUAAAGAACUCACAUCAGAAUAAUAAUUUAUUUCUUCACAUUUUUGAACAACGGCAUGAAUAUGUGUGUAAAUAAAGUGAUCAGAUAUAAUCAGUACAUUGCUAAUUGUUGAUCUGUAUUCUGAUUUCAAGAAAUAAGUGUUUUCCUUUAGCAAACAUUAUUGACAUAUCAGCCAACUGUGAGAAAAUUUUUGUAUUUUUUACAAAAUCUGUUGUGGUUUUGCAAUAUAUAUAUAUGUGCGUGUGUGUGUGUGUGUAAGAUAAAAAAUAUGUAAAUCUUAAAAUUAUAAUUUAAACUAGAGAUAACCCUUUAAUUUCCCUUCUCUAUUCUAAAAAUAGAAAUACCUUUUUCUAACGUCAUUCUUUAUAUUAUGAGCUUUGAAAGUACAAAGCAAUAAAUUAGGGGUAUUACCGUUUUAGAUGAUGGACGAUUGAUGUUGGAGCAGAGGGCACUGCUUCUGUUAAAAAGAAAUUUGAUGAAUAACCUACUUUUAACUUCUCGUAAAUGUUAAAUUUAUGUUAUAAUUGUUUGUCUACAUUAAAAUGUCUUUUGCUAAUUAAUUUGUUCAUCGUUUUCUUCCCUCACCCCCACAUAUAUAUAUAAUGAUGUCAAAAAUGAUAUAUAUAUGCAUACAUUUCUUUUGUUAAGGCAUCAAAAAUGGUACCUGUUUAGCAGUAUACCAUCAAAUCUGUGUUAAAAGUAGAUAUUUUUGGCAGACAUUCAAGUUACUUAUUUAUUAUCAGAAAGUCUUUCUUUUUUGGAAUAUGAUUUUUUUAUGUGUGUCACUAAUUUGGGGAUUUAUCAACAUUUUAGUGAAGAUUGAUUUGAUCCUUUGCAAAUUUCAUGACAAUUUUUUGACAAAUGAAUGAUUUUGAUACCAUUAAAAUCUAGUAUUAAAAAUUAAUAUUAAAAAAUAACCAAAAUAAAACAUUUUUAUAUUUUUCUGUCAUGCUUUGAUAUUCUAUUUUGAUGGUAUAUGAAUAUCUUGGUUGUAAGAUUAAAAGUAAUAAUAAUAAUUGUUAUAAAUCAUAGUUUCUCAAUGAUAUAUUACCAAAAGCGAAAAAGCUACAGUAGUUAUAAUAGUUUAUACGUGUUAGCUCUGUGUAAAAUCGGUUUUAACACUUUUUUGCAUUUGUAUGAAAUCUGAUUUUUAUCCUCAUGAAUUUGGGAGGUAUGGACUGACUGCUGAGUAGAGGAGGUUUUUCCUUUGAACAUGUCUUUUCUGUACUAUAUCUCUUCGAAAAUAAUGUCACCUAGACAACAUCAGUUACACUUGGCACAGUGUUUUCAUUUUACAUUUAUAUACAAUGGUGUCCAAAAUUUUUUUAUCUUUUAAUUAAUUUUAAUUUAAUUAUUAAUCUUUUUAAAAGGUGGGUAAAAUUAAAUGAAUUAAUUAAAAAACACACACAGCAGCAUAAAACUUAAACUCAAAAAUUUAAUAUGAAUACAUAGAACACAAAACUCUGCUAAACUCUUAACAUGCCCUUAGUUGUCAUCGUGGCUUUGUCAUAAGUCUCUGUAAAAGAAUCAUAUGCAGUUCCAGACAAUUUUAGUCUUCUGUGCAGGUGGUCACCUCAGACAUAUGAUGUUCAAUAUAGAUGUUUAUUUAUGUUUUAAGUAUUAAAAAAAACUUUUGAAUGCGGA